AUGACCGACAGUGAUAUAGACGAUUUUAAAAUAACAUUUUUCUACAAAUUUAAAUCGUUAGAAUGGGAUUAUUUACAAUCAUUAUCAGAUAACAAGAAGAAACUUCUCAGCCGCGAUGAUCAAUUAGAAAAUUAUAAUCCAUGUCAUAUACUUGAAUAUGGUGAAAUUUUUGCUACAUUAUGCGGUCUCAAACCGUGUACUCUGUUAGCACAUUACGUAAUGCAUGAAUAUGCAACAGGUCUUGUUGAAAAAGCACUAAAACCAUUGUUUGAUGAAUAUGAAUUAGAAAAAGAAGGAUUUGAAUUAUGGAAAUUGAAAUCACCAGUGACAGAACUUUACAGAGGUGGUUGGAUCUUUGCGAAUAAAAAACAUGAACAAUAUUCACUUGUAAAACAAGUUUUCGUGACUACCUCUUUAUCGAGCAAUAAGGUCGAUAUUGGACGUGCACUUGGUUAUCCACUACCAUAUGGCAAAUAUACAAUUGAAUAUAUCGAUGAUACAGAAUCGAAGGAACGUAACACAUGUUGUGUGCCAAUACUUGAAUAUAACGUUGGUGCCGCUAGUGAAGAAAACUUUACUAUUAUUCUAUUUCAUCUUGAUGAAUAUGCAAAAUUAUGGAAAAAAAUUGGCAGAAAUCUGACUAUUGAUCUUUCUGAACAUCCAUUAAUGGAAAAAUGGUUUACGGACAUAAAAAAUGGACGAAAGAAAUAG